CUGAAGUCCUCCUACAUUUCCCAAGUCAGCACCCAAAGGUUAACACCAGGAACAGCAGGGGACUUUCAGAACCCAGCUCCAGCCUAGUUGCCACCUGUACAGAUUGGUUGGUCCCCCUGCUAUUCUAGUUAUUAAAUAUUUUGAACAUCACCUCUCAGAAAUGGAAGACUGAGAUCCUCCUUCAGACCUCUUCUCCCUGAUACCUAGAUCUGGGGCUGAUCUUGUGCUUCAGCAUUCUAUUGGGCAGGUCUGGCAGAAAAAACAGCAUCAAUUGAUUAGGCAAUGUAUAUAAAGAUAUGCAAGAAUCACAGGAAGCCCACAUAUCCAACCAUCUAGAUGAAAUUGUUGCUGCUGUCAGCAUCCCUCCUAGAAAGAAGACCCCAAACAAGCUGCCUCAGACAGCGUUGUUCCAGCCUCCUCGGGAGAAACUCCACUUCAGUGAAGAGAGAGCAAAGUCCUACAUCAACAGUCACGAAUAUAAACAGGCUAUCCAGGAGCUUGUGCGUUGUGUAGCACUGACAAGAAUUUGCUAUGGUGACACGCAUUGGAAACUAGCAGAGGCACAUGUUAAUCUGGCUCAAGGCUACCUCCAGCUGAAAGGACUGUCACUGCAAGCAAAACAACAUAUAGAAAAAGCCAAAGAAAUCCUCACCACCUCCAUUGUGCCUCCGUAUAAUGACAACACGGAUGUUUUCAAGUUUUCCAUUGAGCUUUUCCAUACCAUGGGGAGGGUCUUCCUCUCCUUCCAAAAAUUCAAGGAAGCUUCAGAAAAUUUGGCAAAAGCAGAGAGACUUUCAAAGGAGCUGCUACAAUGUGGAAGAAUUAUAAAUGAAGAAUGGAUAGAAAUUGAAGCGCGGAUCAAACAGUCAUUUGCACAGGUAUAUCAAGGUCAGAAGAAAUCAAAAGAAGCUUUGCCCCACUAUCAAGAGGCUUUGAAAUACAUUGAGAUCAGCAAAGGUGAAAAAAGUGUUGAGUGUGUACCAAUAUUGAGGGAAUUGGCAGGUGUAGAGCAAGCCCUGGGAUUCCACGACACAGCCAUCAACCAUUUCCUGCAGGCACAUCUCAUCGUCCUGAGUAGAAGCUCCUCUCAAGAGGAGGUAGCGGACUCCGCGCACUUUGUCGCCCGUGCUGCCCUCGCUUCUGGGAGGCCCGAGCACCAUGGUGUGGUUGAGCAGUAUUUUCAAGAGAGCAUGACUCAUCUUAAGGAUUCUGAAGGGCAGGGAAGAGCCAAAUUUCUUUCAAUUCAAGAUGAAUUUUGCCAUUUUCUACAAAUGACCGGACAAAAAGAGAGAGCAACCUCAAUCCUGAAAGAGUCCCUGGUAGCCAAAGUGGGAGCAUUUGGCGAUUUUAGUCCCGAGGUGGCAGAGACUUACCGGUUCCUGAGUGGCGCAGACCUGGUGCAGGGGAACCACAGCGGGGCCCACAGGAAACUGAAGAAGUUGUCCUGGAGAAAGAUGAUGGUAGCUUGCUCCAUGUCAGUGGCCAGGGGAUGGAGCAAAGUCGUGGGGCAGUCGAGGGAUGUCGAUAAGGACAUAGAGCCCACGGCACUUGGCAACCUGGAGUGUCUUCAGAUUCAGACCCUCUUAUACGGAGCGCUGGACAGGAGGACUCUGGCCACCCAGCAGACCAUGGACGUCCUGUCUAAGGCCCCUGAGGUCACCAUGAAGCCAGGGCAGGCUGAAAAAGCCAAAGUGGCCUUCGGCACCAUCAUCCCUCGGCACACCAUGCUGGGGAAAGCCAGGCCCAACGCAGCAGACUGAGACGCCCCGCCCUAAAGCAGGCUUUGGGCAGGACUGGGCACUGCCAUUUAGGGUGCUGUACAAAUCUUUCUCCAACUACAAGAUGGAAUUCAACAGUCAGGGUACAGAUUUUCAAGGCCAACCAUUUGUUCCAGCAUGCAACAGGGAUACCAUAAACCUCUCAUGGGCCAUACUUUUGAUAGUGGAUGCCCUUCAGGGUGAUCUGGCACUUUUAUAAAGCAUUUUUAUUUUUAAUCACCUAAGUGGUUAUUCUUGCCAACAAGAAUUUUUACCCAUCAGCUCUCCUGUGGCUGAAAGACUUCUCUUCAAAAAGUUGUGUAGGAAAGUAGACUUGGCAUUUGAUUGUACACAUAGUUCCUCACAUGGGUCUGGAGUCAGAUUUAGAACAGUAAAAUUCUAGAAAAAGCCCUUUCUUACAGGAAGCCAAUAAGGAUUGAGAAUAAAAUGAGAAUGAGAUGCUAAUAAAGGGAAACUUGAAA